UAUAUUAUUUGGGCAGGUUGCCCGUUGCCGCGGUGACCGAGCGGCGCGGCCGUUGCCCGUUGCCGCGGUGACCGAGCGGCGCGGCCGUUGCCCGUUGCCGCGGUGACCGGGAGUCUGCGGCCUUCCCUCUCGGUAGCUGCCCGGGCCCGGCGAAUGGCGAGGGGCCAAGACCUCAAAUUAACCCAGGGCCUUCCGUCUCUCGCCUUUGAGGUACCGCUGACCGAGGAGGAAAUAGACUUAAGCGAAUACCUUAGGAUCCGGACAUGGUCCCUGACCGUCUGCGCCUGUGCACACGCCGCCUUCUACUGCCGGCUGCUGACUGCGGUCAGAUGCAAAAUCCUGAAUGGAAUCCAUUUCACCAACUCCUGGAUGGCAAAAUACCAAAUCCUUCAGUUUAACAGAGGAGCUCUGAGAAUUGGAGUGCUGGGUUGUGGCCGCUUCGGGAAGCAACUGGUAUUAUCCUUACUUCACUUGACAGACCUGACUGCAACAUGUAUCACUGUCUCUACCAGGAGACCGGAAAAGCUCAGUGACCUCUCAGAAAUGGGAAUCAAGUGUUUUUAUGACAACAAACGACUGGCAGCCUCAGUAGAUGUGAUGUUUCUCUGCUGUCUACCAUCUCAGCUGUUGGCUGUUUCUUCUCAAAUUCACGGUUGCAUUGCUGAAUCCUGCGUCGUAUAUAGUGUUGUAACUGCAGUGCCUGCGGCAAGGCUCAAGAACCUCCUGGCACACAGCAGCAUUGUGAGGCCACAUUAUUUCUUCCACAGAAAAAGUUCCUGGCCUAAACUGUGGCAGAGUGGCAUAACUCCUGUUGAAGCCCUAAAGAUUCAAGAAGUUAUUGAGGCAACAUCACCAUUUAAAAAGGCUUCUAUUUUGUGCCUUGACCCCAAGUGGAUUGAAGUAGUAAUGUAUUCUGUCCUGAAUGCCCUCCAUUUACUGAAAGUGCCCCAUCACCUUUCACUGGACGUACUCAAUGACCUUAUGUUCAACCCUUCACAAGAUGUGGAAGCAAUUGACAACCCAACUUUGCUUACUCGUGAAAGCUUCGUUAAUGCAUCCUGCAUUCAGUCACUGUCAUUUAACAGCCUGUUCCCCUGGUUCGACCUGGCAUCUGUGUCCAUGAGAAACACCCCCCUUACAAAGUUCUUCUUGACACAUCCACGUCUGCAGGUACACCUCAGCUUCAUAUACCGGAUGUCUUUGCUAAGGAAGAAACAAUUGUCUGAAGAUAGUGAUUGCUGUGGACGCUGAACCUGUCUGAGGAGAGGUGGGCAGCAGCCAAGUGAUUGAACUACAAGUGCCACACAGUUAUAUGUUCACACCAUCGAGAGGAAUUUAUAGAUCAGAAAGACAAUUCCAGAAGGCAAUUAAAUGACCAGUCCUAAAGCAAAAAGUCUCAUUUGAUACAUCUUGACACAUCACUUAACUUUGCUGUCUAGUAAUCAGCCCAGCUCCCACUUGCUGCCAGGGAUCUCCUUUCCCUGUAUCAAAGAUAAUGGGAACUGCAGAUGCUGGAGAAUCCGAGAUAACAAAGUGUAGAACUGGAUGAACACAGCAGGCCAAGCAGCAUCUUAGGAGCACAAAAACUGACAUUUCAGCCCUAGACCCUUCAUCAGAAAAAGGGGAGGGGGAGAGGGUUCUGAAAUAAAUAGGGAGAGAGGGAGAAGCAGCCCCUGAGGUUUGUCCAGAGGGUGGAGGGUAACUUCUUCAGGUUAGGCAUCCCUAGAAGAGGCUUUUCAGUGAGGUGAAAAUUAUAUCAGAGAUAAUGGGUUCCGGAGGUCUUUUACACAUUGGGUCACAACCUGUCACUGCAGUCUUUGGCCACUCGUUGAAAUUGGGAACUCUUUUGUGAAAGGUGAAAGAUCAGUGAUUGGGUUUAAGUUCAAAUUUCCCCUUUCACUUUGGAUAUUUACUGGGGGCUCACUUUAUGCUCCGCUAGCAAAAGUGUAUGCGCCUGGGUCAAUAUUGAUAAUUGGCUCAUGAACUCAGGAUAAAAGUGGAAAGAAUUACUUUUGGAAUUUUAUUUCAAGCUGAUCCCUGUCCAUUGUCCAUUCCCCCGCUGCUGUCCCAUUGCACUGUUUGCUUCAACCAUAUCCCAGAAAAGAGUAAAGGCCUGGGGAACAUUGGAGCAGCGACUGACUACUGUGGAGAAAGGGGACAAUUAACAGCUUUCUCUUCAGUCAAUGAUGUCUUUGUGAAGUAACACCAAAUUAGACAAAUACAUAUCAGAUGUUCCAGCCUCUUUAUUUUAAUGAGUUCAACAAGGACAGUAUUUCCAUGCAUUUCUUUCUGUUGUUCCACUCUAAGUUACAAUUAAAGAAAACAUUUCUGUCUAGGCCUUUCCAGUUGAUGUCAGUUUUAACUUUCGACCA